AUACAGGUCCUGCCAUCUAGUGCUCAAAAGAACAGCUUAAAAGGGGAGUUAACUACUACUUAAAACUAACCUUCAACUUCAUAUCGUAGAUGGCUUUAGGAAGCUGGAAGAUUGCAUCUUGACAAGAUUAUUGGGAUUGAACGUCCAGAAAAGAUAGAAUUGACUUUCUGUAGCAUUGUCUGAAUAGUCAUCUUCAUCCUCCAGGAAAUCAUACCAAAGGAGAAAAAAAUAGGAAAUUUCAACUCCAGCAUAAAUUUGUGGUCAAAACAGCGCUCUCUCAGAUAGUUUAUCUCCAACACCUACCUGCGUUCUGUGUAAAGCUCCAUUUGCAUUGAAAGACACAAUCAACAUGGAAACUUCCCCCGUUGAACAGAGUGAGAAAAAUGUUUCAAUGAUUGUACAUGUUGAUGACACACAAAGUGAUCUAGAAGCUGAUCUUGUGGCAUCAGAGACGAAUAAUGAAGAAAUGAGCACAACGGGAAGUGAAGAUUCAGAUGGCGGAAGUGAAACGGAAAAAAUAACUGAAGAAAAGGCUAAGAAGGAAACAGAGCAAACAAAGAAGAAAGGUCAUGUUAGGCCAAAAAGGGAUCAGUCGAACGUUGACAGACCUCGCAACCACCGUUGGAAUUUGAGGAUCACAGGUCUUCCUUCAAAUACCUGUUUGGAUGAACUGAAAAGGCUUUGUAGCCAGUACGGCACAAUUUUGGGUGCCAAAAUAUUAUCAAAAAAACGAAAAACUGGUGUUCAGUAUCGUGCUUGCAUAGGAAUGUCUCAGCCUGAAGAGGCUGAAAAAUGUAUCAAGUUUUUGAACCAAACUAAAAUUGAAGGCCAUAAGAUAAAAGUUCUUAAGAAACGAUGGAGACAAAACAGUCUGUGGAGAAAACUCGAACUCGCUCAAAAACAGGAGGAGUCUUUCAGAUUGUUUCAACAUGGUGAACAGUUAAGGUGGGAGAAAAUGAAACUACAAAAUCAGAACCUAUCAAAAUUUGAAAUAGGAAGACAACUUCUUGAACUGAAUUUUCGAUGGACAGAGGUGUUGCGGCUGAAUGAGAUGAGAAAUGCCAUAGAAAAUCCUGGUGAUCCAAGAAAUAUGAAUAAGGGAUCACGGAGGAACAGUUCCCAUACCCCCUCCAUGUUUCAAUUUCCAUUCCAAAAUCAACCCUGGAUGGAAGCAAGCCAUUCCAUGCAGAGAUCUCAAUUUCAAAGUAACCGAGAUGGACCCACACAAUCAAAGAGAAAGAGGAAUAGGAGGUUCAAUGUCCAUGUCCCCUCUCUAUUUGAACUUCCAUUCCACAAUCAACCUUGGCUGAAAGACACAAUCGGUUCCAUGCAAAAACCUCAAGAUGGAAGCAAUCCCCAAAUUGAAGCCCUCUUGGCUGGACCCAUGGGAUCGCUAAUGAGAAAUUCCCCUAUACUCGCUGCAUUAGGACUUCUAUUACAAAGUCAGUUUCGUGUUAAUGAAUACAAGAACACAGAUUAUGGAAAACAAGUUCAGCAUAAUGAGAGGAGUGGGAAAGUUUUGGGAGGUGGAAGCCAUUCUGAUGUCCCUGAAGUUUCGGGAGAUGGAAGCCAUUCUGAUGUUCCUGAAGUUUCGGGAGGUGGAAGCCAAUCUGAUGUCCCUGAAGUUUCGGGAGGUGGAAGCCAAUCUGAUGUCCCUGAAGUUUCGGGAGGUGGAAGCCAAUCUGAUGUCCCUGAAGUUUCGGGAGGUGGAAGCCAUUCUGAUGUCCCUGAAGAAAAACAAAUGAAGAAGCAGAGAACAGAUCCUUUCCCAGAUGUUCAAAAGAAAGUUGAAACACAAAUUGAAGAAAAACUUAAACAGCUGAGAGAACUGGUACAUUCCAUACAGAUGCCUCUGAAUCAAAGGAAACAACACGAGGAACCCAAUCGACCCAGCAUGAGCAAUUAUAACAACGCUUCUAGAUUUGAUCUUCCAUUCCAGAAUGAAUCUCGGAUGGGGGAAAUGAGUCAUUCUAUGAAGAGACCUCGUGGGGACGAACCCUGGAACGGACCCAGAAGAUCCAGGAUGAGUGGUUAUAACAACAACACUUCUAGAUAUGAACCCCCAUUCCAGAAUGAAUCAUACUAUAAUGAAUAUGAGAAUACAGAUUAUGGAAGACGGGCCGAUCAGAAAGAAAGAGGAAUGAGGAGUUGGGAAAUGGGUCCUUCGCAAGAUUUCCAAGGCAGAUACAAUGACUGGUCUCGGACAGAUGAAAACUGGACAGGCUUUGAUGCAAGAAGAGAUAUUGGUCGAAGUAGGGGACCUGAAAGAAGAUAUAGUGGCCCUAAUCGAGAACAAGAUUCUGUAUCAUCUUAUAACAGAAUGAGUCAAAUGAGAAGUUCUCAUGGUGGUGGAUCUAACCAGAGAUCUUGGGAUUCCAGCAGUGCAGAUAGGAAAGGGGACAGCUGGUCCCACACAUAUGGAGACAUUGGCAACAGUAGCAUGAACCAACCCAAUGACCAGUGGUUUGGUAACCCCGUGAACUCAACAGGGCGUGACGCUACUGGAGCAUUUGUUGACAGUAGUAGAAAAACUAACAGUAAAGGGAAGGGGUACAACCAGAGACCCACUUACAGUAAAGGGAAGAAGUACAACCAGAGAUCCACUAACAGUGACGGGAUGGGGUACAACCAGAGACCUACUAACAGUGAAGGGAUGGGGUACUACCAGAGACCUACUAACAGUGAAGGGAUGGGGUACAACCAGGGACCCACUAACAGUGAAGGGAUGGGGUACAACCAGGGACCCACUAACAGUGAAGGGAUGGGGUACAACCAGGGAUCCACUAACAGUGAAGGGAUGGGGUACAACCAGGGACCCACUAACAGUGAAGGGAUGGGGUACAACCAGGGACCCACUAACAGUGAAGGGAUGGGGUACAACCAGGGAUCCACUAACAGUGAAGGGAUGGGGUACAACCAGGUACCCACUAACAGUGAAGGGAUGGGGUACAACCAGACAUCUACUAACAUGUUUGACAAUUCUCAGGCACAGGAUGGGAUCACGAUGAAUACAUAUGGUGGUGGUAAUGAUGGACAAAUGCAACAGCCUUAUUUCAGUGCUUACAACACAGGAUACCAAAAUGAAGGCUUUCCAUCAAGUACAGUUGGGAGUCAGAACAGGUUGUUUAACUAGAAAGAGAUGGAGUCUGAGAUACACUUUAAUUUCUUUUAUAUUUUAAUUCCUGAUGGAGAAAAGGAAAAACAUCAUAUGAUCUUUUUUGUCCAAGCAAUAAAAGCAUUAAGCAGUGUUAUGCUAAAAAACAUAUACUCUCGGAUUUGUUUGCUGUGAACUCAUUUACUUAAGUGAUUUGAAUUUAUGGCUAACAUGAUAGCCCAAGAGAGUUCACAUCUGUAAGAUAUGGGGAACACAGCUUGUGGGUCUUAUAGUGAGUUUAUGGCUAGAAGGAAUAAGUACUUUCAUGGUGUCCUAGAGAGGUGUGUGUGGGGGUUAGUUUACUAAUAGUUACCAAUGGAGCUCAUGGAUAGUGGUCUUAGACAGCCAGGUAAGAUUACCUUUUUUUUGUAGGUAGAUGGAGGGAACUAACUGAUAAUCUGAAAUAAUUGGGAAUGAGACUGUUGAUAUGUAGUUAGAGGCAGAAGAACAAUUAGGUGACAAGGACAUUUCUGAAAGGAUGAACACCAACUGGGUCUUGGAUGUCAAUAUGGAAGGUAGUUUAUAAAUAAAGAUAUGGCUACUAAUACUGGACAUUGCUCACCCCACAUGCUGUAUAAACAUUUACUGAUAAUUGAUAAUUUGUCCAUCAUUAGUCAAAUAAAAACCAUUUAAUGUUUAAUUUUCUU